AUGAUGAUUGAAGUAGCUACACCUGCAAAUACAACUUCAUCAGAUUCUACACCUGCGAAUACAACUUCGUCGGACUCUACACCUGCAGAUACAACUUCAUCAGACUCAACACGAUUGAAAGAGGUUAGAGAAUCACUUGGCCAAUAUUUUGGACUAUUGUUUGCAAUAAUCGGAGUUGCGUCAAGGUAUACAACAAACAACGAAAAGUCUCUACUAAUUAUGGUUCUGGCUUUCAUGGUUACUCUUUACUUCAUGGUUUUGGUGAUUGUCAAAGCGUUGCAGCUUCAUGUUCCAUUCAUGAUCUUGGUUAAUCUUUUUCUUUUUCUUGGAGCUCUUAUUUCACUUUUAGGUUUGAUGAUUAUUUCGCGUAUAAUUGGUUGGAUUUAUUUGACCUUGUGGAUCUUCUUGGUCGUUGGUUUGGUGUGCUAUAAAAAUGGAAAAGAGAUAUAUCAAAUGAUUUCAACAAGGAUACAAAAAUUGUUUCCCAAAGGAAAUGUUGAAAUUUCAGAUCACCAUUUGGAGUCAUCCGGAGUUAAGAGGCUUCCGAUCUAG